CCCCCGGACUCCACCCCCAGCGGGAGGCCUCGGGACCGCUGUGCGCACGCGCUGCCGCACCCCCGGUGCUUUGGGGCACCCACGCGGCGCCAGUUGGCCUUGCCGCCGCUCGCCGGGGGGCGUGCUUGUGCGCCGGCGGCUGCGGACACCCGCCUGCGUCCCCGGCGCGGCGGGCCAUGGAGGCCCUGCGGAUGGCCCACGAGGUCGCGCUCCGCCUGCUGCUGUGCAGGCCGUGGGCCUCGCGCGCCGCCGCCCGCCCCAAGCCCAGCGCCUCCGAGGUGCUGACGCGGCACCUGCUGCAGCGGCGCCUGCCGCACUGGACCUCCUUCUGCGUGCCCUACAGCGCCGUCCGCAACGACCAGUUUGGCCUCUCUCACUUCAACUGGCCGGUGCAGGGCGCCAACUACCACGUCCUGCGCACGGGCUGCUUCCCCUUCAUCAAGUACCACUGCUCCAAGGCGCCCUGGCAGGACCUGGCCCGGCAGAACCGCUUCUUCACUGCGCUCAAGGUCGUCAACCUCGGACUCAUUCCCGUGAACAUCACUUUGCGGCUGCAUUAUGUUGCAAGAACUGGAACUACUCUUUAAGUUUCUUUAUAUGAAUUCAAAGUUUGUUUUACUAAAAGCACCAGACAUAAUGCUUCCUGAGGUACUAGGCCUAAAAUAUUUUUAAAGAUCUUUAAUAUUUGUAUGUUUUCAUGGAGAUGCCCUGAGGGUGUUUACUGUCACUAGGUGUAUAUUUUCUUUUCGUUUAAUGACAGAAGAGGUAUGAAUAUGGAAAUAGGUCAGGGGAAAACAGAAGGCCUCAGGAUGUUUUGAACUUACUAAUAGCUGUAUAAAAUCAAUCUAGAUUUCAGUGAUUCAAAAUCUAGCCAUGGAGCUGAAUGAAACAUGUUACCUAGCCAGGUUUUAAAAGCCAGAAUUAAACUAUACCCUGCGCAGCCGUGCUAGUAAUACUAUUACAUAAUCUGAUCGUCCAUUAAGGUUAAAAAUGGUCUGUGUAUUUUUACUUAUAAUAACAUAUAUGUCAGUCAUGGACUUUUUGAGCCGUUACUCCACUGGACUGUCCUGUAAGGAGAAAAUUAUUUAGCAAAGUGUUAUCCUUUAAAAAAGCCUCUUAUUAUUUGACUGAUGGACUGUAUAGAGCAUGCCCACUACUUUGGAGGUUGGUUGAAGUUGAAAGGUGAGGUGACUUAGGAAAUUCAAUUCGAAAUUAUUUGGAAAGACUGGAGUGUUAACUAGAUUCGAGUAGUAUAAGUUUAUUUUAGCAUUUUCAUAAGCAAGAAAUCAUUCUUCCCUAAAGAAUAAUAGGAAAAGCAUAACGGGAGGGUUAUAGGUAAACCAAAUGCCUUUUUUUCCUUUAAAGUCACAUUUUUAGUGUUAACAUUUUGUUUAAGAUCACUUCAAUGAUUAGGGGCCUCUCUUUUAGAUAUAAAGACAUCCAAAAAAAGUGGAUACUCAGAACAUUCCACACAUAAAAAAGUAAAACCUUUUAAAGUUGAAAGAAACAACAGUUGUAGUGUGUUUUGUUUUGUUUUGUUUUUUAAUGUGAGAGAGUGAUUUAAUGGUAUGUAUGGUCUUUUGGACAUCCUAAAAAUCCUGGUAAAAUGAGAGUAAGAGUUCUAAGUUAAGCAAAAAGGACAACUUUUUGUUCAUGCAUACUUUAAUACAAAUUGGGAUAUACUGAUAAAGCAAAUUUAAAAAUAUUUUAAAGUGGUGAA